UUCAUACACCAUUUUGCAGUCUUCGGAAUAAAGUUUUCGUUGCAAUGUCGAAAGCAAAGGUAUCUGCAGAAUGGAAAAAGCGUGUAAAAUCGGAAUACAUGCGUUUGAGACAAAUGAAACGCUAUAAACGGGCAGACGAAGUAAAAAUUGCUUGGAAUCAAAACCGUAAGAUUAUGUCCGAUCUUUUAAUAGUUGAACAAAAACGAUGGGCAGACGGAAAAGCAAUGUGGCUUGCAAUGCAAGAUAUACCACCACAUGUAUCCUGUAUGAAAAAGGCAGAAGUAACCAGUUCUGACAAUGACGUACAAUCAUGUCCUGUUAAGAUCAUUAAUGCAGUCACUCCUAUACCAACCAUGUAUACAUGGGCUCCAAUACAACAGAAUUUUAUGGUUGAAGAUGAAACAGUGUUGCAUAACAUACCUUAUAUGGGGGAUGAAAUUUUAGACCAAGAUGGUACAUUUAUCGAAGAGUUAAUAAAAAAUUAUGAUGGAAAAGUACAUGGAGACAGAGAAUCGGGCUUCAUGGAUGAUUCAAUUUUUGUGGAUUUAGUAAAUGCUUUAAUACAGUAUGAAAAAGAGGACAGGGAUAGAGAACAAGUAAAGAAAGGAAAAGAAAAAGAAGAUGAUAAAGAUAAAGAUAAGAAGGAUAUUCUUAUCAAAACAGAAAUUAAAACAGAAAAAUUAUUGGAAGAAAUUAAAACUGAUAAAAAUCCAUUUCCAUCUAUGCAUAUAUUUAAUGCAAUAUCUAGUAUGUUUCCUGAUAAAGGUAGGCCAGAAGAAUUGAAAGAAAAAUAUAUAGAAUUAACGGAGAGAUCGGAUCCCAAUAUCUUACCUCCAGAAUGUACACCAAAUAUUGAUGGAGUGAAUGCAAAGAGUGUACCUAGAGAACAAACAAUGCAUUCCUUCCAUACAUUAUUUUGUAGAAGAUGCUUCAAAUACGACUGCUUCCUCCAUCCCAGGGGAGCGUCGCCGUCAGGACUUCAAGUCUGUCAUCCAGGACCAAAUUUGCAAAAACGAAAGGGACCUGAUUUGAAGCCUUUUUCUGAACCUUGUGGAACAGAAUGUUACAUGCAUUUGGAAGGCAUGAAAGAAAAACUUGCUGCACAGGCAGCAGAUAUAAAAGACGAGGAAAGUGAUGAGAAACGCGGUGGACCCAGAAAGGUACGGAAACAAGCAAGCGUAGAUUCCGGAAACGAAGCGAGUAGUGAAGAUAGCAAUGAUAGCAAUAAGUAUAGCCAGGCAGGUGGUUGUCAAGAUUUUAAACAAAACGUUAAUAAAGAAACAAAAUCCGAAGAAUUAAUGGAAGAUCAAGCUCAACCGGAAAAUCAAACUCCAUUUACUCUUCUGGGUCUCGAUAAAAGAAUAAAGACAGAAAGCGAACCUUCGUGGACAGGUUCAGAACAAAGUUUGUUUCGAGCUCUUCAUAAAGCUUUCCCUGGUAAUCCGUGCGCAUUAGCACAAAUAAUGCUAACUAAAACAUGUCAGGAAGUAUAUCAGUUUGCACAGAAAGAAGCGUCAGAUAUUCCAGCAGUCGAAAAUUUGAAGGACUUUACGCCACCACGAAAGAAAAAAAAGAAACACCGUCUUUGGUCAAUGCAUUGUAGAAAAAUACAGCUAAAAAAGGAUUCUGGUGCCAAUCAUGUUCAUAAUUUUGCUCCAUGUGAUCACCCGGGAAGACAGUGCGAUAACUCGUGUCCAUGUAUACAAGCUCAGAAUUUCUGCGAGAAGUUUUGCCAAUGCAGUAGCGAAUGUCAGAAUCGUUUCCCAGGAUGUAGAUGUAAAGCUCAAUGUAAUACAAAACAGUGUCCCUGUUACCUAGCCGUUAGGGAAUGUGACCCAGAUCUAUGCCAAACAUGCGGUGCAGAUCAGUUUCAUAUUACUAAAAUAUCGUGUAAAAACGUUAGCGUUCAACGUGGUCUCCACAAACAUCUUUUAAUGGCACCAUCUGAUGUGGCUGGCUGGGGAAUAUUUCUUAAGGAAUCUGCUGCAAAGAAUGAAUUUAUAUCGGAAUAUUGUGGUGAAAUUAUAAGUCAAGAUGAAGCUGACAGACGAGGCAAAGUGUAUGAUAAGUACAUGUGUAGUUUCCUCUUUAACCUUAAUAACGAUUUUGUCGUGGAUGCCACUCGGAAGGGCAAUAAAAUAAGAUUCGCGAAUCAUUCAAUAAAUCCUAAUUGCUAUGCAAAAGUAAUGAUGGUAAAUGGCGACCAUAGGAUAGGUAUUUUUGCAAAAAGAGCUAUUCAGCCUGGCGAGGAAUUAUUUUUUGAUUACAGAUAUGGACCAACGGAGCAAUUAAAAUUCGUGGGCAUUGAACGCGAAAUGGAAUUUUUAUAAUGAGAAAUAAAAUUCAUUACACAGUAACAUAUUUGUUAAAGAUUGAAGAGAUAAAGAAAAAGAAAGAAAUAAUAAUGCGGUUUUUGUUACAAAACAAAUGAAAGCAAAGAAGAGAGAAAUAUAAUCAAUAAAUUUCCCUUCUUAAAACUACGACAUAUGUUUAUGUCUUUUUAAUCAAUAAAUUAUACAUGUAUUUUGGAAAAUACCGAUUUAAUGUCUAUAACAUUGUUCAUGGUCCUUUAUCAUCUAAUUCAGUUUUAUGUCUAAAUCGAAAAUGGUUAAAUUAAAUAUUACUUUUUUUGUUUCAUAAACAGAGAUUAAUAGUAAUAAAGGAAGUUAUAGUAUAUACAAAUACUUAAUAUAAAUCUGACUAAAUAGACGGUGUUAAUUUAAAACAACAUAUAAUGGAAAAGCCCUGUGAUAAACUUGUUUGAUAAAUAAUUGAGCUAUUAAUAGCGAUCUUCGUAUUUUCAAGAUAGUAAUCGCUAUGAAUAGUUUGUAUACACAUUUAUCGAAAUAUCAUUGUAAUCAUUAAAUCUUGUACUUACAACAAAGUGUCGUUCCAGAGUGAAUUAUAAUUGAAUUUUAUUAACAUAAUUAAACAUGCUUAUGUUAAAUAUGUUGCUUAUAUCGAUGGGAUAA